AUGGAUCUUCCGGUUUUUGGAAAUUGGUUCACAUGGUUCAAUUCUAAUGGUAAGAGCAGAAGCAGACUGGAUAGAAUUUUGGUUGAUGAUCGGGUUAUUUCUUUGUUAUCCUUGAAGAAUCAAGUGGUGGGAGAUAGAGAUGUGUCGGAUCAUCGGCCUGUGUGGUUGAAGUCCAACUUCGUCAAUUGGGGGCCUAAACCUUUUAGGACCUUUAACUGCUGGUUCUCUCACAAGGAAUUCGUCCCUUUUGUCAUGAAAUCGUGGAACUCGUAUCACUUCACAAGAUCUUCCUGCAACAUCUUGACUAAGAAACUUCAAGCCCUUAAAACUGAUCUCAAGAAUUGGAACUACAAUGUUUUUGGAUGGCUGGAGCUAAAGAUUGAGGAUAAUAUUGAAAAGUUCAACAAGCGGGAGUUGGAUUCUGUUGUGGACUCUGAAUCCUAA